GCCGGGAACAGGAUUUUUCCUACGUCAGCAGAGCGAGCGCGCUGCCGGGAGCGAGCCCGGAGCUCAGGCUGGGCUGCGUCAGUGCCGCGCGCAUGCUCGUCCGCGGGCGCGCGCAUCCUGGCUCGUACGAGGCCCCGCAGGGUUCUGAGAUGAUGGACGAGGCAGAGACCUAGCGCUGAGGGGAACCUGCAGCAUCUGUCGAGAUGAGGUCGGGCGCGGGCUCGCCCUCUGAAGCCGUCCGUGUCCAGUGGUUGCUGUUGUUCGGUCUGGUGAGCCUGGUGCACAGUGGGGAGCGGCCAGGCUUUCAACAGACCUCACACCUCUCUUAUGAAAUUGUAACUCCCUGGAGAUUAACUAGAGACCGAAGAGAAGCCCCAAGGCCCUAUUUAAAACAGGUAUCUUAUGUCAUUCAAGCACAAGGAAAAGAACAUAUUAUUCACUUGGAAAGGAACAUAGACCUUUUGCCUAAAGAUUUUGUGGUUUAUACCUACAACAAAGAAGGGGCUCUGAUCAUUGACCAUCCUAAUGUACAGAAUCAUUGUCAUUAUCGGGGCUACGUGGAAGGAGUUUAUAAUUCAUCUGUUUCUCUUAGUGACUGUUUAGGACUCAGAGGGUUGCUACAUUUAGAGAAUGCCAGUUAUGGGAUCGAACCCCUGCACAACAGCUCCCGCUUUGAGCACAUCUUUUAUCCAGUGGAUGGUGUCCAUAGAGAGCCUCUGAAAUGUGGAGUUUCUAACGUGGACACAGAGAAAGAAACCACAAAGGGUGGAGAGGAAGAACAUCGCAGCAUGACACAGCUACUUCGAAGAAGAAGAGCUAUCCUGCCACAGACCCGCUACGUUGAGCUGUUCCUUGUUGUGGACAAAGAACGGUAUGAUAUGAUGGGAAGAAAUCAGACUGCUGUCAGAGAAGAAAUGAUUCGUUUAGCAAACUACUUGGAUAGUAUGUAUAUUAUGUUAAAUAUUCGAGUCGUGCUAGUUGGACUGGAGAUUUGGACAAAUGGAAAUCUGAUUAGUAUAGCUGGGGGUGCUGGUGAUGUGUUGGGGAACUUUGUACAGUGGCGAGAGAAGUUUCUUAUAACUCGUCGGAGACAUGACAGUGCACAGUUAGUUCUAAAGAAAGGCUUUGGUGGAACUGCAGGAAUGGCAUUUGUGGGAACAGUGUGUUCAAGGAGCCAUGCAGGCGGGAUCAAUGUGUUUGGGCAAAUCACUGUGGAGACAUUUGCAUCCAUUGUUGCUCAUGAGCUGGGUCAUAACCUUGGAAUGAAUCAUGAUGAUGGGAGAGAUUGUUUCUGUGGAGCAAAGAGUUGCAUCAUGAAUUCAGGCGCAUCAGGUUCCAGAAACUUCAGCAGUUGUAGUGCAGAGGAUUUUGAGAAGUUAACUUUAAAUAAAGGAGGAAACUGCCUUCUUAAUAUUCCAAAGCCUGAUGAAGCUUAUAGUGCGCCCUCCUGUGGUAAUAAAUUGGUGGACCCUGGAGAAGAAUGUGACUGUGGUACUCCAAAGGAAUGUGAAUUGGACCCUUGUUGUGAAGGAAAUACUUGCAAGCUUAAAUCUUUUGCUGAAUGUGCAUAUGGUGACUGUUGUAAAGACUGCCGGUUCCUUCCAGGAGGUUCUUUAUGCCGAGGAAAAACUAAUGAAUGUGAUGUUCCAGAGUACUGCAAUGGCUCUUCUCAGUUCUGCCAGCCAGAUGUUUUUAUUCAGAAUGGAUAUCCUUGCCAGAACAACAAAGCAUAUUGUUACAAUGGCAUGUGCCAGUAUUAUGAUGCUCAGUGUCAAGUCAUCUUUGGUUCAAAAGCCAAGGCUGCCCCAAGAGAUUGUUUCAUUGAAGUGAAUUCUAAAGGCGACAGAUUUGGCAAUUGUGGUUUCUCUGGCAAUGAAUACAAGAAAUGUGCCACUGGGAAUGCUUUGUGUGGAAAGCUCCAGUGUGAGAAUGUGCAAGAAAUGCCUGUAUUUGGAAUUGUGCCUGCUAUUAUUCAGACACCUAGUCGAGGUACCAAGUGUUGGGGUGUGGAUUUCCAGCUAGGAUCAGAUGUUCCAGAUCCAGGAAUGGUGAAUGAAGGCACAAAAUGUGAUGUUGGAAAGAUCUGUAGGAAUUUCCAGUGUGUAAAUGCAUCUGUUCUGAAUUACGACUGUGAUAUUCAGGAGAAGUGUCAUGGACAUGGGGUAUGUAAUAGCAAUAAGAACUGUCACUGUGAAAAUGGCUGGGCUCCCCCGAAUUGUGAGACUAAAGGAUAUGGAGGAAGCACGGACAGUGGACCUACAUACAAUGAAAAGAGCACUGCGUUAAGGGAUGGACUUCUGGUGUUCUUCUUCUUGGUUGUGCCACUGAUUGCAUUUGCUACCUUUCUCUUCAUCAAGAGAAAUGAACUACGGAAGACAUACUUCAGAAAGAAGAGAUCACCAACACAUGAGUCAGAUGGCAAAAGUCAAGCAAGUGUUUCUAGACAGCCAGUGAAUGAUCCUCGGCAGCCGAUGGGUGCCCCUCGACAGCCUGUGGGUGCUGCUCGACAGCCAGUGGGUGCCCCUCGACAGCCUGUGGGUCCUUCUCGACAGCCCGUGGGUGCUCCUCGACAGCCUGUGGGUGCUCCUAGACAGCCUGUGGGUGCUCCUAGACAGCCGCUUGUACAUGCAAACAGAUUUCCAGUACCAACCUAUGCAGCCAACCAGCCUCAGCAGUUUCCAUCAAGGCCACCUCCACCACAACCGAAAAUGUCACCUCAGGGAAAUCUAAUUCCUGCUCGUCCUGCUCCUGCACCUCCUUUGUAUAGUUCCCUCACUUGAUUUUAUACACUUUUGGCAUAUGUCUUCAGGGAACUGAGUGAAUGUUUUACCCCCUGGUGUUUUGUUCAGAAGUUUUUCUCCUAUUGCAACUUUGAAUGGAAACAAAUGCUACAAAACAGACGAACUGAGUGGGGAGUUGAGCAAUACAAGGAACUGCAGUCAACUGAGGAAUCCAUUUCCAGCAUUGAAAUGUUUUAUUUGAUCAUCUGUGAGGUUAUGUACCUAACAUAGAUUAUCUUAUUUUGAACAUGUUAUAGCAGUGAUUCUUGAAUUAACUGCAUUGGUGUUAGAUUUGUUAUUAAGUGUUUAAAUGUCCUCAAUUUUUGACCUUGCUUAUCAUUAAUGUAGUUUGUGAUCAAAUGUGAUAAUCUAAUACCUUUGAAAACUAAUUAUCUGUCAAUAAUAUCUAAUAUUUUUCAUCUUGCACAGACUAAUAACCAUUGUACACUACAAUCUUGUUUCUCACUUAUGACAUGAAUAAACAGAUAUUCUGGUUUUGGAAAAUACACAAAAACCAGGAUUAAGAUGCCAUAAUUUUGUUUUGAAAAUACAAAAUAUGCUAAAGAAGUAUGUGUUUAUUCACACACUAGUUCCCAGUCUUACGAUUCUUUACUAUAAGUGACUAUUAGAAAAAUUCAUUUAAUAUUAGAUUUCUAUUACACAUCAUGUUAAAGCAUGGCAUCCUUUUGCAAUAGCAUUAUUUUAAAUAAAUAUAAGCUUUAAGGUACGAGGUGUUUAAUACAUCUAAUCAGAUAUGCUGUUGACUCAUGGCUAUAAUAAAGGAAUAAUUUUAAUCAGUCAUUUGAGCUAUUAUAAAACCACUUAAAAAUUUAUGAGCACUUUAAGUCUAAAAUCUGAAUUUUUGAAGCUUGAUAUUAAAUCACUUAGAAUGUUUACAUUUACUAAGGUGUGCUGGAUCAUGUCUCUUUUUGACUCUAAUAUUUUCCUAGAAAUUAGGCUGGAAAAAA